AUGGUUGGAAACAAUCAGCACAAUAUCAACCUCAAUAAUGACGAUGAUGCUAUUGGACUUGGGAUUCAAGAUGUCUUGAGUGGCCGGGAUCGGGAAUCGCAAUGGGGUUACGAGAUCAGUGAAAGAGCAAUCAAGAUAAUUUGGACAAAACUCGAACACGAAGAACAGGACCGGCCACGCGAGCUUGAUCUGCCCUUGAAAGCUCUCGAUGGUAUGGCAAACUUGGAUCUCAGUGAAAUAGAUGGCAUUAGCGGUUUAUCGGCUUAUCCCGCGAAGGAGCCUGUCCAAAUCGUCACGGACUACCGUUCCCGGAUGACCUUGUCUAACAUGUCCAAUUGUUUCAAUAAGCGCUAUCUUCCGAAAUUGAACAACAUCAUACUGGUAUCCGAGGCAGAAGCCGCAGCUCGUUUUGUCAUCAAAUCGACCCAGCAAGUUGGAGACCUUCUGGCCCUGAGAAUAUUGGAAAAGAGACCAUGGCUGAUUGACAUUUGUGGUCACACUGUCUGGAGUCCCAAACUUUCCGAGCUUAAGGGAGAGCACUGGGAUCUCGCAAAGAAGGCUUUCGCUGGUGAAACCGACUUCAACAGGGGGAGAGGUGCCGAUGACAGCGUCCAAACGUCUUUCGCGCUCAAGCAAGGAUACUGUUUACGCCAGCGCAGCGAUGAUCUUCGAGAAGCAUUCGACUUUCCGUGCGAAAUACCACCAAGUUGGUCACGCGCCGGAUUGGCCAAGUCGAGCGUCUAA